AUGCAAAAGCAUAAACUGAUACUAUUUGUAACAUUUAUUUUAUUUAACUUGCUUGCUUUGUCUAUUUAAGAUGAAGGCAAAUGCACAAAACCUCCUGAGGACGAAUCUGUAGGGUAAUGUGGAGGUGCUCCAAAUUAAUAGAAAUCUAAAUACACAGAAAAGAGAGAUACUUUAGAAAUGAUUGAUUUCAUGCCAAGCGAAAGCUUUUGGAAUAAUCAUCUUUAUCAUAUUUCGUCUGGAGUGAAUAACCCAUAAUAUGUUUAAGCUUUAAUUGAAAUCCCCAAGGGAUCUAGAGCCAAAUUCGAAGUUGACGAGGACUCUGGUCUUCUCAAACUUGAUAGAGUUCUUUAUAAUGCAAUUCACUAUCCAUCACAUUACGGUUUUAUUCCUUCUACUAUGGCUGGCGAUAGAGAUCCUCUUGAUAUUCUAGUAUUGUGCAGCGAAAAAGUACCUCCUCUAACUUUGAUUGAUGCAAGAGUAAUUGGUGUUAUAUAAAUGAUUGAUGGAGACGAAGAAGAUGAUAAGAUUAUUGCAGUGGCCAAGGAUGAUCCUAAGUUUUUGGAAGUAAAUGACAUAAAUGAUGUCUCAAGACAUACCAUACAAGAAAUUGAACAUUUCUUUGAAGAUUAUAAACGUAGAAUAGGAGUAGAAGUUGUUUUAGAAAAGUUCUAAGGGAGAGAAUAAGCUUACGAGAUUAUUAACAAUGCCUUAAAGUAUUAUUAAGACUUAAAAGAACUUAGAAAAAGCUAACAAAAAAAGUGA